AUGAACUUGAUUAAAAUACUAAUCUUACUCAUUACAUUGUGUACACUAACUCAAGCUCAAAUAUUGUCUCAGUAAUUAGACAAUGACAAACAAAAACUAGUAAUAAGCUUAGAGAACUUGGAAAAUGAGGCUGUCAUUAAUUUCUAAAAUAAGGAGGGUCAAUUUGUAGAUCAACUUUUUUGCUAGAGAAGUAAAUGUGAAUGCAUAUUUACACAGUCCAAUACUUCAGAGGAACAUAUUGAAAUUUAGGAAUGUAGUGAGAACAAAUUAAUAAUACAAAGAAACAACUCAUAACUCAUAGCCAGUUUGAGUUCAUCUCCAUAGAGAAGAAUGGUUGAAGUCUACUCUGACAGUGACAUGACUGACUCAAAAACUAUUGAUUCGAGAUUGACAAUAAAAUGGAAAUUCAACAGUGAUGGUACUAUAGAAUUUGCCACAAUUUGGAACAAAUUGACCUGGUUGGGCGUUGGAUUUGGAACGUCUAUGAGUAACACUGACAUGAUAGCUAUUAAUAUCUCAGGAAGCACUGUUGAGUUGUUGGACCUCUAUUCAACAUCUUAGAACACUCCUCCAACUGACUCCCAAUAAGACUAUACAUUAAUUUCGUAUGAAGUAGGAAGUGCUUCAGUUAAAACAAGAUUCAAGAGAAAACUUUCCACUGGAGACUCCAAAGACAAGACCCUAGCAAAAGGAAGCUCCUAUAAUUGGUGUUAUGUUUAUUCAAGUGCUUAAUAAAUGGAAAGACAUACAGUUAAUUUAGGAUUUUCAAUUACUCUCGCUGACAGUGGAACUUCAUCUUCUUCAUCAUCAGGAAGUAGUUCAUCCUCAUCGGGAAGUGGUUCUACUUCAUCCUCAGGAAGUGGUUCUACUUCAUCUUCAGGCACUGGUACUUCCUCAUCUGGAACAGGUACUACCUCAUCCGGAACUGGAACCACCUCAUCUGGAACUGGUACUACAUCAUCUGGAACUGGUACUACCUCUUCUGGAACCGAUACUACAUCAGGAACUGGUACUGGUACUACCUCUUCUGGAACAGGAACUACAUCUUCUGGAACUGGAACUGGUACUACCUCAUCAGGAACUGGUACUACUUCAGCUGGAAGUGAAUCUACAGCACCAGGAACUGAUUCUAAUGAAAGUUCAGAAAAUGAAGAUUCCGAUUCCGAUUCAGACUCAACAAAAUCCUCAUUACAAAUCUCAUUGGGCAUCAUUUGCUUGAUUUAGAUAAUUUUAUUUUGA